AUGAGCCGAGCUGCCUGGGGAAGAGCUGAGAAGGAAACCCAGGAGCUGCAGUCACCAAGGAACUCUGCAGGGAAAACAGCACAGCAGACACGGUGCCAGAACCCCAAGCUGGGCUCACUCCUCCGAUUCAAGACCCAAUUUUUCCUGAAUGCCCUGGGCAUUCUCUUUGCCCUGGAGGAGGCUAACAGAGACCCCACCUUCCUGCCAAAUGAAACAGUGGGACUCCGGCUCUCUGACUCUUGUGUCUCUGGUGCCAAGGCCCUGGGGAGCACUCUCGCCGUCCUAUCUGGACAGCUCCUCCCUAUACCCAACUUUGAUUGCCACCCCGAGCGCCAACUCCUGGGAAUCAUAGGGGGAAUAACUUCCCCAGAGUCAGAACCCAUGGCUGAGCUGCUCUCUGUCUACAAAGUCCCUCAGAUAAGUCAUGGAUCUCAACAUCCCCAGUUUUCUGAUCACCACCGGUUCCCCUCCUUCCUCUUCACAGUCCCCAGCAGAGCCCACCAACCUCAGGCCUUAGCCAAGAUACUUGUCUACUUCAACUGGACCUGGGUGGGCCUGGUGGGCUCAGAUAGUGGUGCCUCUGAGUGGCUAGACCGGGAAUUCCAGAAGGAGGUUGGAAAGAAUGGCGGCUGUGUGAGCUUCUCAAAGAGGAUCGAUGGCCAUGUCAACAGUGUGGGAGAUGUGGCUAAUGCCAUCCAGACUUCCACUGCCAAGGUGAUUGUUGAUUGUUACCACAUUCACUUUAUCGUCUUAGCCAAAACCCUUCAGGAGGAGAAUGUUACCAACAGGAUAUGGUUUUUGUCCACUUCCUUCCUUUUGAAUCCCUCAAUUCUGAGCAGGGAAGCCAGGGAGAUGCUAAAUGGAAGCCUGUCUCUGGGGAUACACUCAGGGCCAGUGCCUGGCCUUGAGUACUUCCUGACCCUGCACCCAGCCAUGUACCCAGACAACCACCUGAUAAAGUUAUUCUGACAAGAGCUAUUGGGCUGCACCCGGCCUGGGCCAAAGCUUGUUGGCCCUCAAGUAGGACGCGUUGCCCAAAACUGCACAGGGCUGGAACAGCUAACACCCUCCCAUCUGUCUGUACUGAAAAUGGAUGAUUUGACUGCUACAUACCAGGUCUACCUGGCAACCAAAGCCCUCCUAGUGGCCUAUAAGAACCUGAGGGCCAACCACCCUGGGGAGGGUCCACCUCAUAGUGGUACCUGUGUCAAGGCAGGAGAUGCCACACCAUGGCAGGUCCUACAUUAUUUAAAAAAUGUCCACUUCACUUCCCAAGCCCAGGAAGAGAUCUUCUUUACUCAGGAUGGAGAGAUCCCAGCAGCAUUUGACAUGACAAGCAUAUCUAUUGCUCCGGAUCACACCUGGCAAACCAAAGUGGGACACUCGGACUUCAAGGAGCCUCUGGGAAAAGAGCUAGAGACGAAUAGCAGUGCUAUCAUCUGGGCAGAGGGCUCUGGAAAGGUCCUUCUCUCAAUCUGCAGUGAGAAAUGUCCUCUUGGAACCCGAAAGUCAAAUGCCCAGGGAAAUCCAAGCUGUUGCUGUGAGUGUCUUCCCUGUCCCAGGGGAGCAAUUACCAACAUACUAGACAGUGCCAGUUGCCUGAAGUGCCCAGAGGACCAAUGGCCAAACAAUGAGAAGGAUCAGUGCAUCCCCAAGAUUCUUGACUUCCUCUCCUACAUGGAGCCCCUGGGCAUGGCAUUAGCCUUCUGCACAACUUUCUUCUUUCUCCUUUCCCUGACCAUCCUUGGCAUCUUCAUAGGGUAUCACCACACUCCCAUAGUCAGAGCCAACAACCACAGGCUAAGUUACCUUCUUCUCUGCUCCAUGGCAUUAUGCUUCCUCUGCCCAUUUAUGUUCAUUGGCCACCCAGUAUCACUGACCUGUGCCCUGUGCCAGGCAGCCUUUGGGAUUAUCUUCAGAGUCUGUGUGUCUACCACUCUGGCCAAGACCAUCACUGUAGUGUCUGCCUUCAGGGCCACCAGACCAGAAGCCAGACUCAGGAAGUGUGCAGGACCAAGCCUCUCCAAUGCCAUCCUCAUUGGCUUCUCAUUGGUCCAGGUUGUUCUGUGUAUCUUCUGGGUCAUAGGCUGGCCUCCAGUGCCCAUGAACUCUACAGAGCCAGGACCCAAAGUUACCAUGCUGUGUGGUGCAGGCUCCUCAGAGCUCUUCUAUGCUAUGCUGAGCUACCUGGGCUUCCUAGCUCUGGUCAGUCUGGUGGUAGCCUUCCUCAUCUGUCAACUGCCCGACACCUUCAAUGAAGUCAAGCACAUCACUCUCAACUUCUCAUGUGUUUGGAUCUCCUUCAUCCCAGCCCAUCUGAGCACUCAGGGCAAGGACGUUGUGGCUGUGGAGAUCUUUGCCAUUUUAGCAUCUGGGGCAGGCCUGAUGGUCUGUUUAUUCUUCCCUAAGUUCUAUAUCAUCCUCCUCUGGACUGACAAGAACACAAGGGAUCAGAUGAUAGGCAAGAAGCAUUUCAAGAAAUGA